CCGGGACCCCCUCGGACCCCCGGGACCCGCCGGGACCCCCGGGCCCGGCCCCGCCAUGUGGCUCUUCUCCCGGGACCCGGUGCGGGAUUUCCCCUUCGAGCUGGGCCCGCCCGAUGCGGAUCCCGACGCGGACCCGCUCCCGGACCCCGCGGCACCGGCCCCGCUCUGGCGGCUGCUGCGGGGGCGCCGCAAGGCCGAUGGCGCUCCGGUGUCGGUGUUCGCGCACAGCCUGGGCCCGGGGGGCGACCCCGGGGCCACCGCCCUGGCCCGGGCGGGGCUGAAGCGGCUCCGCAGCCUCCGACACCCCAACAUCCUGGGGUACCUGGACAGCCUGGAGACGGAGCAGUGCCUGUACCUGGUGACAGCCGUGACCCCCCUGCGGCGACACCUGCGGCUGCACCCCCCGAGCGGGGACGUGGGCGAGCAGGAGGUGGCCUGGGGCUGCAGAGAGCUGCUGACGGCGCUGGCCUCGGGGGCCUCGGGGCUGGUUCACCACGCGCUGGGACUCGACGCCGUCUUCGUGGACCCCGGGGGGGAGUGGACUGGGGGGCUCGAGCGGGUGGCUCCCAGCAGCGAGGGGACCCCCACCCGCCCCCCCAGCGACCCCCCCGGCCCCAGGACCCCCGAGCUCAGCGACCCCUCCCGAGGGCAGGGGGACCCCUGGGCAGGGGACAUGUGGCGCCUGGGCUGCCUCAUCUGGGAGGUUUUCAAUGGGCCCCUCCCCCGGCCGGGGGCUCUGCGCAGCUUUGGCAAGGUCAGGACCCCACUGAUCCCGCCCUUCUCGGAGCUGGUGGCCGCGGAUCCGGGGGCUCGGCCGGGCCCGGGGCCGCUCCUGGAGCGGCUGCAGCGCCCGGGAGCCUUCCUGGCCUGUGGCCUGGUGCGCACAGGGCUCUUCCUCGAGCAGUUCCAGGUCCAGGAGCCGGAGCGCCGGGCGUUCCUGCAGGAGCUGCCCCCGCGCUUGGAGUCGCUGCCGGGGCCGUUCCGGAGGCACAAGCUGCUGCCGAGGCUGCUCGAGGCCCUGGAGCUGGGCAGUGCUGAUGCCAGUGCCCUGCCCCCCCUGCUGCAGGUGGCGAAGGUCCUGGACCCCCCCGAGUACCAGGAGCGAAUCGUCCCCGUCCUCGUCCGGCUCUUCUCGUCCCUGAGCGGGGCCUGCGCCUGCGCGCUGCUGCAGCUGCUCGAGGAGUUCAUCGAGUUCCUGCCCGAGGCCACCGUGGAUUCCCAAAUCUUCCCCCACGUCGCCCACGGGUUCCUGGACUCCAACCCGGCCAUCCGCGAGCAGACGGUCAAGUCCAUGGUGCUGCUGGCGCCCAAGCUGGGGGAGGGGCGCAGGGGGGGGGAGCUGCCCCGGCUGCUGCUGAAGGUGCAGGGGGGGGACGCGCUGGGACCCCUGCGCUGCAACGCCACGUUGUGCCUGGGCCGGCUGGCGCCUCACCUGCCCGUCCAGACCCGCCGGCGGGUUUUGGCCCCCGCCCUGGCCAGGGCCACCCGGGACCCCUUCCCCCCCCGCGCCGCCGCCGUCGCCGCCUUCGCCGCCACCCACGGCUGCUACUCCCCCUCCGAGGUGGCGGGGAGGGUCCUGCCCCUGUGCGCCCUCACCGUGGACCCCCACCCCGAUGUCCGGCAGCAGGCGUUCCGGGCCAUUCGCAGCUUCCUGGAGCAGCUGGAGGCGGCGGCCGAGGCCGGGGGGGCUCCGGAGGGCGGGGGGCUGGGGGUCUCUCUCCCCGUGACCCCCUCCCCUCUCUCUCCAUCCCGCAGACCCCCCCAGCGCUGGCGGCCCUGGCCGGGGGGGGCCGCGGGGGGGGGGCUGGGGGCUGCCGUGUCCUGGGCUGUCACCGGUGUCACCUCGCUGACGGCGCGGCUGAUGGGGGGCGAGGGGGGGGGCGGCGCCUGUGCAGCCCCCUCCCCCUCCCCCCCACCUCAGGGACCCCCGCAGACCCCGGCCCAGAGCCCCAAAGAGCCCCCCCCCGAGGCGAAGCCCCCCGAGGAGCCCCCCCUGGAAGAGGCCGAUGGGUGGGACGAUGACUGGGGCAGUCUGGAGGAUAUGGAGCUGCCCCGGAGCCCCCCCGCCAGCAGCCCCGAGGAAUUGGGGACCCCCCCGAAACCCCCCGGCCCCUCCCCCACAGAGCCCCCCCCCAGCGCCCCUCCCCCAGCCGGGGGGGGUGAUGAGGGGGGGUGGGGGGUGGGGGGCGAGUGGGGAACUGAGGAUGCCUGGGAGGCCCUGCCCAGCCAGCACGCGAGCUCCGUGUCGCCCUCAGGGCCGCCCCCGGGCCGGCGGCAGCGGGAGCAGCAGCGGCGCCGCGAGCUCGAGGCCAAGCGCCGGGCGGGUCCCCGGGGCCCCCCCAAACUGGGGGCGCGGAAACUCGACUGAGAAUGAAGGGAGGGUGGUCCUGGAGGAGGGGAGGGGGGGAAAAUCCCGGGUUGUUUGUUGUUUGUUUGUUUGUUUUUUUU